AUGUUGAAUCUCAAUGCUUUGAAGCUGGCAUGCAUAAAGAUGUUGAAUAUCAAUGCUUUGAAGCCUGAGACAGCUGCCUGUAACAAUAAAGAGCCAUUAGCUAUGAAAGUGGUCCAAGACCUUCCCAAUCCCCACAAACAUAGGAGGAAACUUUGCCUGACACGAAUACACGAUCCCAAGGUCUUGGUGGAAAAAAUGAGAGUGAUAAUUAUUACUCUAUUUCUGUUCAUAGUUAGGGUAGUUGCAGAAGAUGCUGAUACUCAUACAGUGAAUUACACAGAGGCAUACGAGUCUUCUGCAUUCAAAAAGUUUGUGACACAUUGCAGUUCGCAUGUUGCAGAGACAUGCAGUGAAAGUGAAGCAGUGCAAAAGGAAGAUGGUGAAAAAACCGGAGCACAUGGGUUAGGGCUUUGUCUUUUGGAUUCUAUGAAGAGUUGUUUGGUGGAGCAUGGAGCCUCUCUUGAGGAAACAACUCCUACAAACCAAAAAGAUUCGUCGGAAGAUACCCGACUAUUCAAGCCACCACCCAUAAAUGGCUUUCCGGUGCCGUUACCACCACCCAUAAAAUUCACAACUGAUACUGUGAAAGUCAUAGCGAAACCUCCUAGUCUUGCUCUAAUCCAACCUCAUCCACUCUCCAUUGAAACUCUCAAAUUCCAAGCUGUCUUGAGAACCUGCAGCCAUGUCAGUUCACGCACGUGUUUCACUCAUCCUGAUGUUGUUACAUUAUCACCUUGUCUCGUUACAUCUCUCAAUCAAUGUGUAUAUCCGGAUGAUACCUGGUAUGUUGUCUGGUUUUUUUCCUUUUUUUUUAAGAAAUAUUAAAAAAUAAAUUUAAA